CGAUGAACCAAAACUGAGUUUAAAUUAUAAAUGGCCCGAGGCAAAAGUAGCAUUUGAAAGGAUACAUAUUGAUCUAGCCGGUCCAUUUUUAGGGAAAAAUUUCUUAGUAAUAAUUGAUGCUUAUUCUAGAUUUCCCUUUGUAUAUCUAAUUAAAAAUACCAACUCCACCUCAGUUAUAAAGAAAUUGAGAGCCGUUUUUGGAAUGUUUGGACCACCAAAUACUAUAGUGAGCGAUAAUGGGAGGCAAUUCAUCUCAUUUGAGAUAGAAAACUAUUUUGAAUCACAAGGCAUCAAACACCUAAAAUCACCUCCAUAUCACCCGCCCAGCAAUGGAUUAGUGGAGAGAUUCAUUCAGACAUUUAAAAAUGGUGUUCAAAAACUAAUAGAUUGUUCAUUGCCCCUGGAAAGUGCUAUAGAGACAAUUUUGAUUGAAUACAGAGCCUCUCCAAACCAAACAUUAAAUGGGGAGAGUCCAGCUAAAUUGUUUUUAAAAAGAGAAAUACGAACCCCAUUGGACUUAAUAAAAAUAAAUACACAUAAAAAUAAUCCUUCUUUAAAUGAAGAGACAGAAAAAACACAAAAUUAUUCCCCAAAACAGAAAAAAUUUGAAUUUAAUGCAUUAAUAUGGAUAAGAAAUUAUGGAGACAAACAUAAAUGGGAGGAGGGAACAGUUAAAGAGCAAUGCGGAGAGAACCUAUAUAAGGUUGAAGUAGAUGGUUCAGAACGUAUUGCACAUACAGACCAAAUGAGACUACGCAGGAGCGGUCUCCGAAAUAAACCAACCUUUUUAGGUUGA